AUGCGUGAGCAAUUGAAGCUUUUUACGAGGGAAAUAGUCGAUUUUACAUUUCUUAUCUUAUCUGGCUUUGACUAUUACCAGACACUCUUGAUAAGCAGUAACAGCAGUAAGAAGAGACCGAAGGAUUCUUCUUUGUUAUCGGAAAAAAAAAAAAAAAAAAAAAAAAAAAAAAAAGAUGUCUUAUCUUAUCUUUCUUAUCUUAAAGACCUACCAUUUGUUCCUUUUCUAUUUUGGCAGCCCGGGUAUUCGCAAAGGGAAAAAAACCCAAGACAGCAUUCCUUGUUCAUUAUGACUAUUACAAAGCCAGGAAUGAUUUCGAUGGCCGACAUGAAUUACGUCGUUUCCAAGAACAGAAGCUUAAACCGUCCUGCUGAGCGGGGCGGUAAUCGGUGA